AUGGCAGCAGUUAUAUGGAAGCUACCUGGAAAUGCAUGCUUCCUGCUGGACAUGAAAAUGCUGAGCGUCUGGCAAGGGUCCGAGAAGUUUGUUGGCUCGAGGCGUUCUGCCCAGCUGCACAAAGAAAGUGAUUCGUUGGCUCUUCACCACAGUGCUUGGAAAAGAAGUAGCUGUGGCAACGGUCUCCGCUCGGCGCGCCCGGCAGGAGGUUCUACUCCAGCACGCUCGGCAAAGGUGGAAAAGGCAAAGGAGCGGCCAGUUGGACGCGUGUGGGGCGGUGGAACUGCCCAUCAUCGUCGGCGCAGAGGUCCGCUAUUUCGUAUUUAUGACUUCCUUUCUGAAAUUGGCUUUUCCUGCAAAAUCCUGGCCGGGGCACCUCAUCUUGAUGUGGGGAUGGCAGCGGACUGGGCAUUGUUGAGGUACGAAGGGUUGUGA